UUCGCCGUGGUGACGCCGUUUGCCGGCGACUGCACCGGUGUGGAGCUUUCGGUAGCGGUUCCUCUCCCGCGUGAAAUAUUAGAGGAGCUCCUCGUCCGAGGCCUGUGACCUGAGAACGACUAGGAAAGCGGCGAGAUGACGGACCGCUACACCAUCCACAGCCAGCUGGAGCACCUGCAGUCCAAAUACAUCGGCACCGGCCACGCCGACACCACCAAGUGGGAAUGGCUGGUGAACCAGCACCGCGACUCCUACUGCUCCUACAUGGGCCAUUUCGACCUUCUCAACUACUUCGCCAUUGCGGAGAAUGAGAGCAAAGCUCGAGUCCGCUUCAACUUGAUGGAGAAGAUGCUGCAGCCUUGCGGACCGCCAGCCGACAAGCCGGAGGAGAACUGAGAUCCCGGCUUGUCUGCGCUGAGCGGGAGAGCGCCAAUCCCUUCUGUGAUUCUACCGUCUGCCAUCAUUCCCGCCUGUCCCUGCCUCAAGUGGACUGAUUCUCCAUGGUUUCUUCUCGUGCUCUUCCUGACCAGAAGAAGGUGCUUACUUAUCCCGGGCGUUUCACCUGACCCGCCUUCAUGUGGACCCUUCGGAACACAGCGUUGGGGAGACAGGACGCCAGAGAACUGUGACCCUGGACUCUUUAAAGCCAGCGAGCGUUAGGGGUGACUGCACUGGAGUGAGAUGCAAAGUGGAGGCUCGUUUUUGGCUGCUUGUCGUUGUUGAUUUUUUUCCAUAAAGUUCAGAAACUUUUCA